UUCCCUAUAAUCACUGCAUCUUUUGUCCCAUGGACUCUGCCGUCUUUCUCUGCCUCCAGACACAUACAUAUCCAUUUCGAGGCGAAAAAGGGAGAAAAGGGUGCUUGUGGCCAAUAGUUGCGUCGGGUCCGCAGACCUGAUGCUGCACAAAGGCGUUUACUUGAGCAAUAUCACUUACAGUAAAUUAAACUCCCUCCAACAGUGGCAUUUUCAACCUCAAAAGUUCACAUAAACAGUACUCAGUGUUAGCAAUACGUGUUAGUGCGACACGAUUAAUUGAGUGCACAAUUUGUCAAAGAAAAACUUCAAUUCCAUGACAUGACUCUCGACAUAUGCAUUGAUAAAACAUCAGUGAGGCAUUGAAAGUUAUUCUUCCAAGCGAUUCAUGGAUUUUUUACCCCUGAAAUAACAGUUCUGUUAUCACUGACAACAAUCGGUCAUUCGAUUAUUGAAUAUUAAUGCGCCUGUGGGAAUAAAUCUCAGAAGGAAAACAGUGGUUAAAAUGUCGGCUGAUACUACAGUGAUUUUUGCAAAGCUGGAAGCACUCAAGGAUAUAAGGUCAAAGACACUGCAAUUGGAGAAGAUGAAGCAGAGGAUAAUCCAGGAGGUUGAACAGACGGAGCAUGAGGACAAGUGUCUCAUGGAUUAUAAACAAGAAAUGGAGUUACUUAUGCAGGAGAAAAUGGCACAUGUUGAGGAAUUGCGACAAAUUCACGCUGAUAUUAAUACCAUGGAGUCCGUCAUAAAACAAGCGGAAGAAGCUAGAACUCGUGCCAGGGAGCACGCUAAAAUACUCCACAACAAUGAAUAUCAGCCACUAAAACAUGACAUUGACAGAAUGCGUAGGGAAUAUUUGGGCCUUGAGAGACUGCCAGAACUUUAUGAGACUGAGACUGAUUUAAUAUCACCCGACUACUUUGAUAGACCAAUGCAGAAAGCCGAGUGGAGGGUGGAAGUUCGAGGGGAUGAUUUAAUGCAACCACUGGGGUUGCAUGGACACCCGGGGCAUCCCGGUGCGUCAACACCAUUCUUGGCGCCCCAACCACUGCAGGGACCAAGUAAACCUGAGCCCAGGCCCUUACCACCCGCCACAGGUCCGCCUGCUCCAACAUUCAGGUACCACUGGCAACAACCGCCCCCCAUGAAGUCCUGUCUAUCCUGUCAUCAGCAGAUUCACAGAAAUGCACCGAUCUGUCCAUUAUGCAAAGCUAAAUCUCGCUCACGUAAUCCCAAGAAACCGAAGAAGAAGGACUGAGGGAGGGAGUGAAUUUUUUCUAUUGAGACUGCAUAACGACAGAGUCCCUUUUAUUAUUACGACCUUUAGUUGCUGAUUUCCGAGUAUUAGUUUAUAAUUUCGCAUGACAUUAUGAAUAAUCAAUUGGUAGCAAUUUACCCAACAGUAUGAGUAAUUAAUCAUGUCAUGAGGACAUGUAUUUACUGCCACUACGUUAGCAUUUACAGGUACAUAAUCAUUUUUUUUAUCGUCUGAUUUGUAUAAUCCUUAGGCAUGUAAUCAUUACAUUUUUUAAUAAAAAAAAAUAUCACCUGA